AUGCCGCCUCGUUUGACGACUCUUAGAAGGCUAUACCCUUCGGCGAUCUAUACUAGAAACAACCUCAAUGACCACUUGCGCAGCCAUGAUUCAUCUCCAUCCUUCUUUCCAGCUUUCUUUUCUACAACCAAAAGGCAGUAUGCUCGCAGCCACGAGCCAACAUACUAUGAAAUCCUCAAUGUCCCGGUGACCGCGACAGCAGCCGAAAUAAAAAAACAAUUCUACGCCCUCUCACUCAAACACCACCCAGACCGCAACCGCACCGACCCCAAAGCCACCGAACGCUUCGCCAUAAUCUCAUCGGCCUACCACAUCCUGGGCGACAGCCACAAACGCGCGCGCUACGAUCUUGACCAUGGCUUUGGCAUCGCUUCUACCCAGGGAGGAACGCAUACACAUCCCGUGGGUAGCCACAGCAGUGCCGGCGCAACAUAUGCAGGAUCUAGGCCAGCGAGUGGAUUGAGUAAACGUCGGACUGCGUUUAGAGGUCCCCCGCCUAGUUUUUAUGCGCAUGGUGGAUAUGGGCGAGCAACAAGACAGCAAGCACCGGGGGGAGCUUAUAAUGGCGCCAGCGGAACCGGAAAACAACGCAGCGAUGAAGAUCCGAUGUCGUUUAUUAAUCAUAACCCUGUCUGGCAUUUUAAUGCACAAGGGCAUUACAAGACUCAGAAAGCGGAGGAUGCGCGACGGAAAGAGAGACGGUCGCAGCAGAUUCAGCGUGAGCGCGAGAUACUGGAAGCUGAGAGAGGUGGGAGUUUGGUGCUGAGGUUUGUGAUUGUUUCGGGGAUUUUGGUUGUUACGGCUGUUUUUGGGGGGCUGGUGGGUGGGAGGUAG